UAGCUCGCGCGGGCGCCUCUCCGGGGCUGCCCGGGCCUCGGGAGCGGCGCUUGCGGUACGCAGGCCGGGGGCCGCGCGGUGGCCAUGGAGGAGCCGGGGUCGGGGGACGCGGCGGGCGGGGAGCAGCCCGCGCCCCGGCCCCGCCGCCGCCGCUCCCUGCGCCGCCUGUUCCACCGCUUCCUGCUGGCCCUGGGCAGCCGCUCCCUCCCCGGGGAGGCGCCGCCCCGGCCCCAGCCCCAGCCGGAGCUCGGCGCUGGCGACGGCGAGGGGGGCUUCGGCUGCGCCCCGGGCCCGACUCCAGCGGCCCCCGGGAGCCCCGCCGCGGGGCGCCCCCCGGCACCCCAACCCCAGCUCCCCGCGGGCGACGGGGCGCGGCCGCCGGGCGCCCAGGGCUUGAAGAACCACGGUAACACCUGCUUCAUGAACGCCGUGGUGCAGUGUCUCAGCAACACCGACCUGCUGGCCGAGUUCCUGGCGCUCGGGCGCUACCGGGCGGCGCCGGGCCGCGCCGAGGUCACCGAGCAGCUGGCGGCGCUGGUGCGCGCGCUCUGGACCCGCGAGUACACGCCCCAACUUUCCGCCGAGUUCAAGAAUGCUGUUUCCAAGUAUGGCUCCCAGUUCCAAGGCAAUUCCCAACAUGACGCCCUGGAAUUCCUGCUCUGGUUACUGGACCGCGUCCACGAGGACUUGGAGGGCUCGUCCCGAGGGCUGGUGUCCGAGAAGCUGCUGCCUGAAGCCAGUAAAAUCCCUGAGAACCCCCAGUCGUCCUCAGCACAGCUUCCUCUGGGCCAGAGCUUUGUGCAAAGCCACUUUCAGGCACAAUACAGAUCGUCCUUGACAUGUCCCCACUGCCUGAAACAGAGCAACACCUUUGAUCCCUUCCUGUGCGUGUCCCUCCCGAUCCCCUUGCGCCAGACGAGAUUCCUGAGUGUCACGCUGGCCUUCCCCUGUAAGAGCCAGCGGUUCCUGCGGGUGGGCCUGGCCGUCCCCAUCCUGAGCACAGUGGCUGCCCUGCGGAAGAUGGUGGCGGAGGAAGGCGGAGUUCCUGCAGAAGAGGUGAUCUUGGUUGAACUGUACCCCAACGGAUUCCAGCGGUCUUUCUUUGAUGAAGAGGACCUGAAUACCAUAGCGGAUGGAGAUAACGUGUACGCCUUCCAAGUCCCUCUGUGUCCCAGCCAGGGGACACUCUCAGCCCGUCCGUUGGGUCUGCUGCUGUCCCCACGCUUGGCGGCCCGGGAGGGCCAGCGGUUCCCCCUGCCGCUCCCCAGUGAGAACAAGGUGCUCAUCCUCUUCUGCAACCUGGUGGGCUCAGGCCAGCAGGCGAGCAGGUUUGGGCCGCCUUUCCUGAUAAGGGAAGACAGAAGCAUUUCUUGGGCCCAGCUCGAGCAGUGCAUCCUCAGUAAAGUCCGCUAUCUCAUGAAGACUGAGGCCCCUGCACAGAACCUGGGAUCUCUGUUCUCCAUCCGGGUUGUGGGACUGUCCCUGGCCUGCAGCUACUUGUCUCCACAGGACAGUCGGCCCCUCUGUCACUGGGCAGUUGACAGGGCUUUGCACCUCAGGAGGCCCGGAGGCCCGCCCCACGUCAAGCUGGCCGUGGAGUGGGACUGUACCACCAAGGAAUGCCUGUUUGGGAGCCUCCAGGAGGAGCGGGUCCCCGAUGCAGACAGCGUGUGGCGGCAGCAGCAGGCACACCAGCAGCACAGCUGUACCCUGGAUGAGUGUUUUCAGUUCUACACCAAGGAGGAGCAGCUGGCCCAGGAUGAUGCGUGGAAGUGCCCCCACUGCAAAGUCCUCCAGCAGGGCGUGGUGAAGCUGAGCCUGUGGACGCUGCCCGACAUCCUCAUCAUCCACCUUAAAAGGUUCUGUCAGGUGGGGGAGAGAAGGAACAAGCUGUCCACGCUCAUUAAGUUUCCGCUCUCGGGACUCGACAUGGCUCCCCACGUGGCUCAGAGGAGUACCAGCGGCAAGCCGCUGCCCGGUCCCUGGCCCUCCUGGAAGCAGCCAGCCAGCCUGCCCACCACCUACCCGCUGGACUUCCUGUACGACCUGUAUGCCGUCUGCAACCAUCACGGCAGCCUGCAAGGUGGGCAUUACACAGCUUACUGCCGGAACUCUCUGGACGGCCAGUGGUACAGCUAUGAUGACAGCACGGUGGAGCCAAUUCGAGAAGAUGAAGUCAACACCAGAGGGGCGUACAUCCUGUUCUACCAGAAGCGGAACAGCAUCCCUGCGUGGUCGGCCAGCAGCUCCAUGCGAGGCUCCACCAGCUCCUCCUUGUCUGACCACUGGCUCAUGAGGCUCGGGGGCCACGGCGGCAACAGCACCCGGGGCAGCCUGCUGUCCUGGAGCUCUGCCCCCUGCCCCUCCCUCGCCCGCGUGCCCGACUCUCCGGUCUCUACAAACAGCCUCAGCAUCCAGGAGAAGGGGGCCUUGGAGUCCAGACCUUUGGUUCGGGGUGCCCACGGCAGAAGCAUCAGCAUGAAGGCGCCCACCACAUCCCGAGCCAGGCAGGGGCCCUUCAAGACUGUGCCCCUCCGGUUAUCCUUUGGGCACAGGGAGAAGCGACCUGGUGCCUCUGUCGAGUUGGUAGAGUACCUGGAGUCCAGACGCAGACCUCGUCGGUCCACCAGCCAGUCCAUUGUGCCCCUGCUGACGGGCACGGCCGGCGGGGAGGAGAAGUCAGCAUCUCCCAGGUCAAACGGCACCCUCUGUGGCGAAGACAGUGGCCAGGCUAAUGGGAAAGGGCCAGCAAGGGUGCCCUGUCCCUCAGGCUACCCCAACCACCACCCGGCCACUGGAUACUCUGAUGUCCUAAACACAACCAGGACAUGGAAGGAAAGUGCCAGUCAGGAUAUCCGGCUUCCCAAAAAGUUUGACCUGCCCCUCACCGUGAUGCCCUCCCUCGAGAACGGGAAGCCGGCCCGCCCAGAGGGCCAGAAGACCUCAAACUGGAAGGGAAGCCAGAGUAGCCCUCCGUCCCCCUCCACGGGUUUUUCUAGAAACUGUCAGGACAGUGGCCAGGGUACCUUGCCCAAGAUGAGAGCUGCCGCGGACGAAAGGGCCUCUGAGAAAGACAGGUUCCCACAGGGCGCCUUCACCCUGCUGAGGUCCAUGUUUUGGAAGAAGGAGAACAGGAAGACAGACCGGGCCCCCGGCUCCCUGGAGAGUGGCAGGGUGAGCCCCGCAGUGGAUGAGCAGGCUCCAGGCUCGUCGAUUGCACUCAGGAUGCCAGAGGGCCUGGCCAGGGCCCUGGGCGGCCACCUGGAGAGGGAUGUCCGGUCUGCACCCAGCUCUCUCCACCUCCCUCGCAAGGCCGGCAGGCCCCCACGCCCCAGUGCUGCCGGCUUCUCACAGAAGAGCACAUCUGGGGAGCAGACUUCUUACGGCACCUUGCAGAGGGUGAAAUACCACACGCUUUCCUUAGGAAGAAAGAAAACCUUACCGGAGUCCAGCUUCUGAUGGGGCAUUUCUGUCCUGUAUGAAGGGAUGGGAAUUUGCCCUGAGUAAUUGUGGGUGGUCUGUAUUCACGGUGAAUUUUCAGGAAUCCAGUUGUCUUGUGAUCUGUGAAAGAAAAAAAUGUUUUUGUUCUCUAUAACUGAACUCUGGAUGCUUCACAUCCAAAUCACAAUGUCUGAAUACUGUAGGUGCCGUUGUAUGGUUGGGUGCUUUGAUAGAGCCUGGCCACGAGAGGGCGAUGUUGGGCCAACAUUACCAAUUCUAGGCAAGAAGGGAUUAUUUUGUUUUAACGUCACGGUCUGAGUGCCUGUACUAAAAGAAUCCAGGGUCCUAUCAAAUAUUAUCAUUGGCUUCUCUUUUUACUUUCUUUGUUUUUAUACAGUGGGCUUACAAAGGAAACCUUUUCCUUUGAAAGCUUCUGUGCAUAAACAUAAAAGAUGCCAAAACAGAACCAAAUAAUAAAGGGAAAAGAUGAUAUUUAGGAGAAGACGAGGUUUUAGGACAGAUGGAAAAAAAUGGUUGCUAUUUUAGGAGAGUAUUUAAUAUAUAACAAAAUGACUAUUACACUUUUGCAGAUAUUUUAAAAAGAUAACUAUUUUGAUACCGGAGGAAAAAAGCAAGCUUUAAAAAAAGUGUAACUAUGAGACCCAAGUGUCAUUUUAAUAAAAUCGUGUCGGUGACAUGUACGGGUGGCUGGCUGCAUUAUUAAAGUUUGAUAAAUGGC